AUGUUGGCAGCUCUGCUGAUCGCCCUCAGCUGCCUCAGCCUCCACACCCUCGGCAGCGGUGUCCACCCAUCUCUCCCCUGGCAGAAUAUUUCCAUCCAGAACCUGAGCCUGGCUCCAGACACAUUUGAUGAUGCCUAUGUGGGCUGCUCGGAGGAGAUGGAGGAGAAAGCAGUGCUUCUGCUAGAGAAGGAGAUGGCCAACCAUGCCCUGCUGCGGGAGUCCUGGGAGACAGCCCAGAAGGCCUGGGAGCAAAAACGUCCAGGGCUCAUUCUGCCUCCUGGCUUCAGAAGCCAGCACGGAAUCGCCAUCAUGGUCUACACCAACUCAUCCAACACUUUGUACCGGGAGCUGAACCAGGCUGUGCGGACUGGCGGUGGCUCCUGGGAGUCCUACAUGAACCACUUCCCUUUCAAGGCCCUGCAUUUCUACCUGACCCGGGCCCUGCAGCUGCUGCGGGGCAGUGGGGGCUGUAGCAGGGAACCCGGGCAGGCAGUGUUCCGUGGCGUGGGCACCAUUUGCUUUGAACCCAAGAAUGUGGGGGACUCUAUCCGCUUGGGCCAGUUUACCUCUAGCUCCCUGGAUGAGGCAGUGGCCCACAGAUUUGGUAAUGCCACCUUCUUCUCUCUAAGGACUUGCUUUGGGGCCCCAAUCCAGGCCCUGUCUGUCUUUCCUGAGGAGCGUGAGGUGCUGAUCCCCCCCUAUGAAGUCUUCGAGGUGACGAGUUUCUCUAAGGAAGGAAACAAAAGCCUGAUGACUCUCUCCAGCAGUGAUCAGAUGUGCAGCCACUUUAACUGCGCCUAUCUGGGUGAGAAGAAGAGGCUGAGCUGUGAGUCUGUGCCAACAGGCGGGCAGGCAGACUCACUCUCCAAAGGGCCUUUCCUCUGCUCUCCUGGAAGACCCUGCUCUUGGCCUCUUGGGGGUUCCAGCUCUUAG